GAUCAAGUACGGUCUGUGGGGGGAUUUUUUUGUAGCUCGUAUCUCGUUCAAUGUUGCUUAUGAUGCGGAUGAGUAUCGGUUCAACAUGUCUGAUGACUCGCUGAUGAACUUGACGCCUAUGGAUUCCCUGAUCUCUGCUUUAUCUUCGGUCGCGGAGCUAAAGACGGACUUGAGUCAACUGUCUGAGCUUAUGCAAUCGCAGGAUGUCUCUGUUGGUCUCCCGGUUCCGGAUCAAGGCAUGAGCAUGCAAAUUGUGCCUUCUUCAGAGCACGCGAAUUUUCUCGAUGAUACAAAAGUCCCAGAUGAGAAAGCUGCCGUUGUUCUACGUCAAAAUUUACUGUCCGCCGCGCGCUCUCUCCUAGACGCGUGCACCGACGUGAGAAAAAUGCUUCUGUGUCAUCGUCAAGGUCUUUUCGAUGCGUCAGAAAAAGUGACAGCCAUACUUACGGAAUCGGAAUUGAGCAGAAUGGAGGCAAUUGAGAGUAAGGUGCAGAACUCCGGGGAGCAUGAAACCAACACUUUCGAAUCUCACGAUACAACUGUGGUUUCACCGUUCGAUCAGACCGUGGUGUUCGAACUGCUUGAGCGCCAAGUGAAAAAUUCUGUCGAAGAGAUAGAGCAACACAAGUUGGAAUUUCAGCGUGAACUGGCACAGAUUGCUUCAGAAUUGAACAGGUUUAAAGGUGAAUUUAAAAAAAUAUAUUUAUUCAAAUGA